AUGCCAAAAGUCCACCUGCUGGACUACGUCGCCGGCAACGUUCGCAGUCUGGUCAACGCCAUCGAAAAGGUCGGCUACGAGGUCGAAUGGAUUAGGAAACCGGAAGAUGUUCCCUCAGCAGAGAAACUGAUCCUCCCCGGCGUCGGCCACUUUGGUCACUGCCUCUCCCAGCUCGCUCAAGCUGGCUUCCUCCCCGCCAUCUCCGCCCACAUCGCCGCGGGCAAGCCGUUCAUGGGUAUCUGCGUAGGUAUCCAGGCUCUCUUCGAGGGCUCCCUGGAAGACCCUGACGUCCCCGGUCUCGGCGUCGUAAAGGGCCGCCUCAACAGCUUCGACGCCUCGACGAAGUCGGUCCCCCAUAUCGGCUGGAACAGCGCCAACACGGGCGGCGCGAACCUCUACGACCUCCGUCCGGACUCUAAAUAUUACUACGUCCACACAUACAAGUUCCCCUACGUCCGCGGCGAGCUCGAGGCCCAGGGAUGGACCGUGGCGACGGGCACCUACGGCACCGAGACCUUUGUCGGCGCCAUCGCGCGCGGCAACAUCUUUGCCACGCAGUUCCACCCCGAAAAGUCGGGCGCCGCAGGUCUGCGCUGCCUCCGCGCCUUCCUCGACGGCUCCGGCGCGGCCUCGCUGGCCGGCGGCAACUCCAUCAUCACCCCGAGCGCCGAGGCGGUGCCGUUCCAGGACGGCCUCACGCGGCGCGUCAUCGCCUGCCUCGACGUGCGCACAAACGACCAGGGCGACCUCGUCGUGACAAAGGGCGACCAGUACGACGUGCGCGAGAAGACGGAAGGCGGCAACGUCCGCAACCUCGGCAAGCCCGUCGAGAUGGCGAGGAAGUACUACGAGCAGGGCGCCGACGAGGUCACCUUCCUCAACAUCACGUCCUUCCGCGACUGCCCGCUCGCCGACGUCCCCAUGCUCGAGAUCCUCCGCCGCACGUCCGAGACCGUCUUCGUGCCGCUGACCAUCGGCGGCGGCAUCCGCGACACGGUCGACACGGACGGCACCAAGGUGUCGGCGCUGGAGAUCGCCACCAUGUACUUCAAGUCGGGCGCCGACAAGGUCUCCAUCGGUUCCGACGCCGUGCUCGCGGCGGAGGAGUACUACGGCGCGGGGCGCAAGCUGUUCGGCAACACGGCCAUCGAGCAGAUCUCCAAGGCGUACGGCAACCAGGCCGUCGUGGUGUCGGUGGACCCCAAGAGGGUGUACGUGCCCAAGCCGGACGCGACGCGGCACAACAUCAUCAAGACGUCGACGCCGGGCCCCAAGGGCGAGGAGUACUGCUGGUACGCCUGCACGAUCAAGGGCGGCCGCGAGACGCGCGACAUGGACGUCGUCGAGCUCGCGCAGGCCGUCGAGGCCAUGGGAACCGGCGAGAUCCUGCUCAACUGCAUCGACCGCGACGGCACCAACAGCGGCUUCGACCUCGAGCUCAUCUCCCAGGUCAAGGCCGCCGUCAAGAUCCCCGUCAUCGCGUCCAGCGGCGCCGGUCACCCUAUGCACUUUGAGGAGGUGUUUGAGAAGACGACGACGGACGCCGCGCUGGGCGCCGGCAUGUUCCACCGCGGCGAGUACACGGUGAAGCAGGUCAAGGAUUUCCUGGCGUCCAAGGGGCUUAAAGUGAGGCAGUUUGAGGAGGACAUAUAG